CGCAGGCCGGAAAUGAAAUGAAAUGAGCCCCUGAGUCCAAUCCAUAAGAUUACGAUUUAAUUAAUCCGCCGAUCAUCAAUGGCCUGGACGCCGAUGAGUCAGCCCAGAAUGCUUACAUCAUCCGCGUGUCCCCCGGGCUUUCCUUGGACCUUGUCUUUCUCCAUUCCGACCCUCGCGCUUUUCGCCUCCGCGCUUCUUUUAUUUGGCUUUCGACUGGAUCACUAUCCAGUCCAUUCGUUUCUAUUCUUGGCCUUCAGUGGUUAUCCCUCACGGUGCUUGUGGCCCAGAUCACUUCCCCUCGUUGUACCUGGAUCUGGGGCAACUUCCCCCACAUCGCAAAACAUUCGAGGCCAUUGAGCCUCGGCACUACUUCCAGGGCUGACCUCGAAAGUGUCCUCAAAAUAUUGAUUUCAUUCCAAACAUUUUAGGACCUGAGCCCUUCCAUACCCGCGUGUGCCUGCCUGUCCUUCCCGGAAGAUGAAGCCGUCGGAGCGAGACCCGCUCAGUCGGCGACAUUCAUCCACGCUUCAUUACCAAACGUUCGAUACACCGCCACCAAAAUCUCGAGGAAGACCGAAUUCUGGUCAGUCGGAGUCGUCAGGAAUAAACUCGCAUGACCCACAGGACGAGUCGCACCAUGGAGCCAACCACCACUCGCCACUGCCGAAGAAGCAGAUGGCUGUCCUGGCGAUGAUCUCCCUCUGCGAGCAAACAGCAUUCAACUCGAUCAGCCCCUAUCUGCCGCAAAUGGUGUCCUCGUUCCCGGAGGUGGAACCACGACUGGUUGGGGUAUAUGUUGGGAGUCUUGCCACUGCGUUUGCGAUUGCGCAAUUCGUCACAAAUUACUUCUGGGGAUGGCUGUCGGACCGAGUAGGACGGAAGCCGGUGAUCAUGCUGGGUACGGUCUUAACCGCAGCGUCUUUCUUCGCCUUCGGUUUCUGCAGGACGCUGGUGCAGGCUAUUAUCGUGCAAGCCGUCAUGGGUGCCGUCAACGGAAACCAGGUUUUGGUGUCUACCUGCCUCGGUGAGAUCACAGAUCGCAGCAACCAGUCGAAAGCUUUCACCUAUCUUCCGGUACUCUACGGGGUGGGAGGAAUCACUGGUCCUCUGCUUGGGGGGCUGCUGAUUUUUGACACUCUUCCGUGGGACCCUAGCAAGCCAAACCCUUACCCUUAUCUCGCGCCGAAUGCUCUAUCCGCCGGACUGCUUGUACUAGACUUGAUCGUGUCCAUUUUCUUCUUGGAAGAAAGUCUUGAAGAUGCCGACAGUAUACCGAAGAUCCGGCACAGGGUUCGCUCGUUUUUCUCGUGGCUCUGGCAGUUCACUAGCAUGGCGAGGCGUGCGCGCUGGGUGCAACCACCCCAUCCGGUUCCAUAUCGUCCUCUCCGACGCCACUCUACGGACUCGCAGGGCCAUGACAGCGAAUUAGACUCGGCCUCUGAGGCAUCAGGCCCCAGGGUAAAUCACCAUGAGAGCCUGACCAGCGAAUUGUGGAAUCGCGAUACAAUCUUGCUUUUGUCGUCGUAUACAAUUUUCGCUCUGUGCAAUGUCUCGUUCAACGCGCUCUUCCCUAUCUUUUCGCAAGCCGCACCUCCCACCGGUCGAGGCCUGACCCCCGAAGAAAUCGGCCUCGCGCAAGGAUUCUCCGGUUUUGUCACCAUCAUCUUUCAAAUCUGCAUUUUUGGCAGGCUGAGAGACAAAAUGGGCAAUCGAUGGUCUUACCGAGCAGGUCUAUUCGGCUUUGUGAUCUCGUUUAUCCUAAUGCCCUUCAUCGGAUACAAGGGAAAGGACGCCAAUGGCCAUAUAAGCGGCAAGACUGCGUUAAUGGCGGUGGAGCUUUGCUUCGCCUUGCUGAUCAAAACCGUGGCUACGGUGGGCGGCUUGACCAGCGCAUUACUUCUUAUCACCAACUCUGCCCCCGACCACGCUGUUCUCGGUGCCCUCAACGGCCUGGCACAAACUCUUUCCGCCGCUGGCCGUGCCGUUGGACCCUUCAUCUCUGGCGGUCUGUUCUCUCUUGCAUCCCGUGUCGAACCUAAAGGCGAGGCUAUGGCAUUUGGGGUUUUCGCCGCCACUUCUUUCGUCGGGUUUGUUCUUAGUUUCGGGGUCCGCGGACAAUCUCUGGAAGCAGAGGGAUACGAAAGCGACGACACGUACAAGUCCGAUGACGAGGAGAACCAUCACUCCGCUUCAUAGAGAUGGUAUUUUAUUACUGCCGAGUGGGGGUCUUACCAACUGCUCAUCCCCUGAAGCUUCAAGAAAGCGUUCACGACUUGACGAACUUGCUUUUAUUUAGCCCUUUACUGAUAUUACUAUUCCACCUUGCUGUUUCAAGGCUGUGCCUUUGGGCUAAGCGGUGUUCUGUUAGAGGUCUUUUCUUAUCAUGUACCUUUACCUUGACUAUUGUGUGCUUCUGUUUUUAUGAGCGAAGGCCUGAGUUGAUUUGGAAAAGCGAGCGUUGUACUUGCAGCUCUGACCUUUUUCUUUUUUCUUUUUCUUUUCCUUUUAUUUUACUACUAUUUCCUCCCAAGACCCAGACUUGAGAUACACCUACAUACACGAUUUGACACGGUUAUAGAUUUGGAGUGCUAGAAAACAGAAAGAAUAAACUAUCAAUUGAGUAG